CCGUCCCGGUGGAGAUUCCCUGCUCAAAUGCUUCACAUGCGUUUCUGUUAAAGGAAUAUGGCCGCCAGCUUGUAUUCAGUUUUAACUAUAGCGUUGCUAUUCUGUCGAGUUACUCCUGGAUCAACAUCUUGUUUACCCGGCUGCUCUUGCACAAAUGACAACUCGGGAAGAUCCCUACUUUGCAUGGAAACAGCCAUGGGACGAAUCCCAGACAAUGUUCCAAAUGAUUUCAGUAAAAUUCGAAUAGAGAAUUCUCAUCUGACCGAAUUACCCCGCGGCUCCUUCUCUAAAGUUAGUGCCUUGGUGUCUCUAUGGUUGAAUUUCAACGACAUCACUCUAAUGAACAUCAAGAGUCUGGAGGGGCUGACGAAUCUAACGGAACUACGGCUACAGGGGAACAAGCUGCGUUCAGUCCCAUGGACAGCGUUCCAGGAUACGCCGAACCUGAAGAUUUUGGACCUGAAACAUAACCGACUAGACGUGCUCCCGGAAUCUGCCCUGAGACAACUUCCAGGCCUGACCUAUUUAGACUUAUCCUUCAAUCAGCUUACUGUCAUAUCCAGGGAUGUCUUCCUCAACUGGCCUCUCCUCAACACUCAAGAGAGAAAAGGAGGUACAGAGCCCAGCAGUGGAGAGACCAACGUUGUUUUAGCGCUGCACGACAACCCUUGGCUGUGUGACUGCCGCCUCAAAGGUUUCGUAGAGUUUAUCAAAAGUGUUAGUCCGCCUCUAAUUCUGAUGAACUCGUACCUGAUGUGCACGGGCCCCAGUUCCAGGGCGGGAAAGUUCUUCCACGAAGUCGGUUUGAAAACAUGUAUGAAGCCCGAGGCCUCAGCCUCAGAAAGCAACAUGACGGUGUCACUGGGGGACAAGGUAACCCUCCGGUGCUUAGUCAAAGCCAGGCCUGACCCCGCCAUCCACUGGUCAUACAGCCUGAAGAUUAUACGGGGAUUUACUGUCUCAGAGACCCGUGUGGACGAUGAGACCAUCAGAUCUCAGCUGGUCAUCCCAUCCCUUCACCUGGCGGACCGAGGCGCUUACACCUGCUUCGCCAACAACUUCAUAGGCAACUCCUCCGUCAGUGUCCUGGUUAACAUCAAGUCUUUCAACGCCUCCUCCUCCUCCGUCAGUGCCGCCAUGUCUCUACCCCCGUUCCCCCUGGCCUCAGCCGACGAGAACGUCUACAUUGACAUCCGCAUCUCCAAGCAGACGGUCUACGGCAUCACUCUGGAGUGGUACGCGGCGACGGACAACCCUGCAGAGACCUGGUUCACCAUCCACUUGGGGAAAUACCACUCUGAGAAAAAGGAGUUGACAUACAUCGGGCCGGGCAUCAACACCUAUUCGGUCAACGACCUCCUACCGGUUACUAAAUAUGAGGUGUGUGUAACGCUGAAGAACCAGAUGCCCCGCGCCGGCCAGUGCAUCGUGUUUGUAACAGGAAGUGACAUCAGUCAGCUGGAACAACGGGAGAAGCUCAUCCAUAUUAUCGUGAUCGUGUGCGCCAUGGUGCUGGCGGUGCCCGUGGGGAUGUACGCCUGCACCACCGACACCAGAUGUACGUUCAGCUACCUGGACCGCUGUACGGAGCAGUGUAAGAGGAGGAGGAGGCAAGAGAAGACCCUGAGGACCAAUGGGGAGAGACAGGGGACCUUCGACAGCCUCCAGGCCGCCAGCGAUGAAGGACUCUGUGGAGACUCUGAAGAGGUGAUGAAGAAGAGGAGUAAGUCCUCAGACGAAAAAAACAACCACAGGGGAAAAGCACAAGAUCUACCAGAGACAACCACUGGAGCAAAGCUAUAUUAGCUGUAGGUUUAACGUUUAAAAAUAUCCACUAGAGACAACCACUAGAGACAACCACUGGAGACAACCACUGGAGCAAAGCUAUAUUAGCUGUAGGUUUAAAGUUUAAAAAUAUCUACUAAAGACAACCACUGGAGCAAAGCUAUAUUAGCUGUAGGUUUAACGUUUAAAAAUAUCCACUAGAGACAACCACUGGAGCAAAGCUAUAUUAGCUGUAGGUUUAAAGUUUAAAAAUAUCCACUAGAGACAACCACUGGAGCAAAGCUAUAUUAGCUGUAGGUUUAAAGUUUAAAAAUAUCCACUAGAGACAACCACUGGAGCAAAGCUAUAUUAGCUGUAGGUUUAAAGUUAAAAAAUAUCUACUAGAGACAACCACUGGAGCAAAGCUAUAUUAGCUGUAGGUUUAACGUUUAAAAAUAUCUACUAAAGACAACCACUGGAGCAAAGCUAUAUUAGCUGUAGGUUUAAAGUUUAAAAAUAUCUACUAAAGACAACCACUGGAGCAAAGCUAUAUUAGCUGUUUUUUUAUUUCACCUUUAUUUAACCAGGUAGGCUAGUUGAGAACACCUUUAUUUAACCAGGUAGGCUAGUUGAGAACACCUUUAUUUAACCAGGUAGG